AUUAUGACGUCACAUUUGCGCGGGUGAGCAGGAAUUCGGAAACACUGACAAACAAAGUUGGACAAACAACAAUGAGCGUCUUUUGGACUUCAAGAGAGACAUGAUGUCCUCAUGGCGGCAGCUGGAGCUUCACCCGAGGAUCAUCGGCGCUCUCGGAAGAGCUGACAUCAAGUCCGUCAGGGACGUGUUGUGCAUGUCAGGUCCAGAUCUGCAGAGACUCACCUCCUUGUCGACGUCUGACGUCCAUCAACUCCUUACUUCUGCCGCCGAGGCCUGCAGACGCCAGGGUCCUCUACCAGCGCUUGAGUUGCAUCAACGCGAGCGUUACACGUUGGAGUCUGGUUGCAGACUCGGCACCGGCUGCCCUCUGUUGGACCGGCUGCUGAGAGGCGGUCUUCCUUUGGGGGGAGUCACUGAACUGGCAGGAGAGAGCGGCGUCGGGAAGACCCAGCUGGCUUUGCAGUUUUGCCUCUCUGUACAGUACCCAGUCCAACACGGUGGUUUGGACUCAGGAGCGGUGUUUGUGUGCACGGAGGACACUUUUCCCAGCAGACGUCUGCAGCAGCUGAUCACAGAACAGUCAAGUCUUCGUUCUGAUGUCCCUUCACAUGUGACCAAGAGCCUUCACUUCAGUGACCACGUUUAUGUUGAGCACGCUGCUGAUCUGGUGGGUGGUCUGGUGUCUCUUCACUCGUGUCUGACACAUCGCGUGCCCCUCUUGCUUGCUCGGGGUCUAGUCCGGUUUGUGGCUGUGGACUCGGUGGCGUCUCUAUUCAGGUCAGAGUUCGGAGUGGCUGAUUGGUUAGAGAGGACGAGACAGCUGCUGACCGUCUCCUCGAUGCUGCAUUACUUGAGUCGUGAAUUUAAUGCAGUUGUUCUCUGCAUCAACCAGGUGGCUGACAUCUUCAGCAGCUCCGAAGAAUAUUUGGGUCCUUCUUCCUUGACUGUGUGCCCGGCUCUGGGCUUGGCUUGGGCCAAUCAAGUGAUGGUUCGUCUUAUGAUGCGGCGUCUCAAUAUGACCGUAACCAAGGGCGACCAGGACAGCAGCCUCCGCAGGUUAGAGGUGGUGUUUGCGCCUCACCUGGCUCGAACGGGACAGGACGCGGCCGUGUGGAAGGAGGGCGUUCAAGGAGUUGAGAGUUGACUAAAGUAAAAAAUACAGUGAUCAACAAUUGUUCAAAACAAUGGGGGAGUGUUAUUAUUAUUAUUAUUAUUCAUUCAUUCAUUUUCUACCGCUUUUUCCUCACGAGGGUCACGGGGGGUGCUGGAGCCUAUCCCAGAUGUCUUCGGGCGAGAGGCGGGGUACACCCUGGACUGGUGGCCAGCCAAUCACAGGGCACAUAUAGACAAACAACCAUUCACACUCACAUUCAUACCUAUGGACAAUUUGAAGUCGCCAAUUAACCUAGCAUGUUUUUGGAAUGUGGGAGGAAACCGGAGUACCCGGAGAAAACCCACGCAUGCACGGGGAGAACAUGCAAACUCCACACAGAGAUGGUGGAAUUGAACCCUGAUCUCCUAGCUGUGAGGUCUGCACGCUAACCACUAGACCGCCGUGCCGCCCCAUCAUUAUUAUUAUUAUUAUUAUGUAUUAUUCUGAACAAGGUAAUGGACCAAAUUGCAAUUGAUACAAGCAUGUUAAUAGUUUUUGUGUUGAUUGUAUUGUGCACACAUGUAUUGAUGUCAGUCAGGGAUGGAAAGGUAACAACGCUACAAAUUGGUUGAACAUUUUUGUUUUUUUUCAUUAAUUUGUGAUUUUUUUUCUUCAUUCAUCUGUCAUAUAAUCUGGCAAAUAAUUCCUUCACAUGAUUAAUAAUGUGUUUCCAAAGUGGUUGUGUGUGAAUUAUGCAGCCUUGUCUUUUCAAAAUGGAUCUUUUGGGUGUGAAUGUAGAAACCGAGCUGCCAAUCACAAUACAGUGGUUUUGAAUUUUAUACAUUCAUGGCUGAAAACAGUCAUUCAAAAACACGUAUUACAAUAUCUUUUUUUUUUUUAGAAAUAUUGUCAGCGUACCUCACAAUUCUUUCCAAAUAAAGUCCAAUCUAGGUACCACAA